AUGAACAUUGAACCCAAAACUGAACCCGAUUCACCACCGUGGCCCAUUCCCACGAACCCUAACAACUUCGAAAACAAGUCGAUUGAAGAUCUUAUCGGUAUUUUGCGCGGAACAUAUCAAUUUGAAAUUUUUGAUAUCGUUGAAGGUGUUUUGGUGAGUAAAAAAGAUGAAUUGGAGAGAUCAGUGAAGAAGAAUUUGGGAACUAUAAAAGAGUUGAGGAGGGCAAACAGUAAAUUGGCGGAUGAGAAGAGACGAGUUGAGGAAUUGCUUGAGUCUUCGAACACGAAGUUUCGCGGACUGAAUGAAAGAGUUGGAAAAUUGGAGAAUGAUGUUAUCUUUUUGCUGAGUGUUGAUGCUUCUGGUGAUUGCGAGAAUGAGGGGGACCUCGUGUGGAGCCUAUUGUUGCUGAUUUUGAAGACAAAGAUAGAGAUGUUCGUGAUAUAA